UUCUGAGUAAUCAGAGAGUCACAGCAUCUGUCUCCUGCUGCCUUCUCCAUACUUGCUCCCACACUGCAUUCUGAUGAGAGGCCUUUUGGAGAAUUAGGGGAGUCUUCUCAAAGAGUGGCUUUCUGGAUGGAGAUUGAGUGAAGAGUUCAUUGAUUUUUUUAUUCAUAUGGCCAAUAGGUUCCCACCCCCCCCAAACAGGAUCAGUGAAAUGUCCAACAUUAAAAGGUAAAGGCUCCCCUCGCACAUAUGUGCUAGUCCAAGGGUCAGCAACCCUCUGGAGCCUCAUGUGGCUCUUUCGUCCCUCUGCUGCGGUUCCCUGUCGCUCAAACUAUGCAUCACAACUGCCAAUGUGCGACACCCACCAACACGCAAUUUAUUAAGCUUUUCGACCCCCGAUAGGCCGACCAUGGAUAAAUCCAAGAAAAGAAAAGUUUCAGAAGAAAACAGAAUCUUUAAUUCAACUAUAUAUGCUAGUUUUGUGACCGCUCAGGAAAUAGUCAGAGUUUUGUGGCUCCCGGUGUUUUCUUUUCUGUGGGAAACGGGUCCAAAUGGCUCUCUGAAUGUUUAAGGUUGCUGACCCUUGUGCUAGUCGUUCCCGACUUUAGGGGGCGGUGCUCAUCUCCAUUUCAAAGCCGAAGAGCCAGGGCUGUCCGAAGACGUCUCCGUGGUCGUGUGGCCGGCAUUACUCAACGCCAAAGGUGCACGGAAUGCUGUUACCUUCCCACCAAAGUUUACAAAGUUCACCAGCGGAAUUCUAAAGGAGAUUUAAAGGUGGUUGUAGCAGUCACACCCCUGGAAGGCCCGUGGUGGUGGAUUUCUAGAUUUCAAGGAACUUCGGGGAACAGGGGAUGGCCAAUCCUUUGAAACAAGUUUUUAACAAGGAUCGGACCUUCCGGCCUAAACGGAAAUUUGAACCUGGGACACAGCGCUUUGAGCUUCAUAAAAAGGCCCAGGCAUCCCUUAAUGCUGGGCUGGAUUUAAAGCUGGCUGUGCAGCUCCCUCACGAUGAGGAGCUGAACGAUUGGGUGGCUGUUCACGUGGUGGACUUUUUCAACCGCAUCAAUCUCAUUUAUGGGACAAUCAGUGAUUAUUGCACAGAAAAAUCCUGCCCGGUUAUGUCCGGCGGCCCAAAGUACGAGUAUCGGUGGCAGGAUGAGAAAUACCGCAAGCCCACUGCUCUUUCAGCGCCUAAAUACAUGAACCUUCUCAUGGAUUGGAUUGAAGUGCAGAUCAACAACGAGGAUCUCUUCCCUACAAACGUCGGUACUCCAUUUCCUAAGAACUUCCUCCAGGUUGUGAAAAAGAUCCUCUCCCGUCUCUUCCGUGUCUUUGUCCAUGUCUACAUCCACCACUUUGAUCGUAUCGCCCAAAUGGGCUCGGAAGCCCACGUGAAUACAUGCUACAAGCACUUCUACUACUUUGUAAAAGAGUUCAAUCUCAUAGACAACAAGGAAUUGGAGCCUCUGAAGGACAUGACUUCGCGGAUGUGCCACUGACAUCUUGGGAAUUUGUCUGCUGUCCUUCAAGCCAAUGCCGUCCGGAUUGGAGACCAUUCCUGCCCAACAGAGGAGAUCUUAUGAUCUGGAGGGACUUCCAUUUUUAUACAUCUUUUUUAUUUUUUAAAGAAAAAGAGCUUUCAGGAGGUCUUGUAAUGAAUUUUUGGGAAAAUCACUCUGAUUGUCGGGAUGAUUGAAGUAUGUAUGUUUGUUUAAGAAAGGAAAGGACCACUGUUAAAUGUAAGGCAUAAAUUUCCAUGUCUGUCUUCUCACAUCACAGGGGUGGGGAGGUGGGAGGCUGAUUUGGAAGCGUUAUUUUGAGGUUUCCCGGCAAAAUCACCUGGGCUUCAAAAGACAACACCUUUUGCAUCAAGGGAGCGACUGAUUUAAAUGAGGAGAAAUCCACAGACACACCUGUGAGUAGCUUAGGAGUCUGCUUAGGCCAUUACUUGGAAUUCACCUAUGUUGUAAAAAAAUAAAUAAAUAAAAUUUUAGCACUUCUUUCACUUGAAAUCUCCUGUUGGCAUAUGUGUAUGUAGCAGCUCUUGUUUCCUGUCCUCCAAUAAAGAGGAAGGAAAUUA